AUGGGGACUGAGAAACCAAAAUCAAGUACUUUGUUAUCAUGGACGCCACAAUGUCAAACCGCUUUUGAUAAUUUGAAAAAUCUCUUCGCUCAAGAACUGGCCCUCAAACAUCCUGAUAUCAGCUUACCAUUGGUAAUUCAAGCCGAGUCUAGUGAUGUGGCAAUAGGAGCUGUUUUGCUACAAAAGAAUUUGGCAGGAACGUUACAACCAUGUGCCUAUACCUCUCAAAAAUUUAAUUCCAGUGAGAAUAAUUGGGCUAUUUGGGAGAAAGAGGCAUUUGCUCUUCAGUGGGCAUUAAUUACUUGGAGACAUCUACUAGAAGGUGGUCCACACCCUUUUGAGGUGUGGACAGAUCACAAAAAUUUGGAGGCACUCCAAAAUCCCUGUCGAUUAUCUUCUAAACAAGUGCAACCUAUUCCCAAGAACUACCAACACAUUCUGGCUUUGGCAUUUGCCACCCAGGAGGUCAACAAAGACCCACAGCUUCUCCCCAACAUCACCUUGGGCUUCCACAUCUACGAAGAGAAUCAGUAUGCAAGCAUGGCCCAAGAUGUCACCCUCUCUCUGCUCUCCAGCUGGGGAAAAUUGUCUCCUAACUAUAAGUGUGACACGCAGGACAACCUUCUCUCUGUUCUUGGAGGUCUCAACUCCAGAACUUCGUACCAGAUGGCAACCAUUUUGGGCAAUUUCAAGAUUUCUCAGCUAGGUUAUCGCUUCUCUGACCCUGUUUUGACAGAUAAGAGCCAGUUCCCCACCUUCUACCAGAUUGAUCCCCAGUACCACCUACAGAAUGCAGCCAUAGUCCGGCUCUUUCUAUAUUUCCAGUGGAACUGGAUUGGGAUUGUUGUUCAGAACUCGGAAAGCAGUGACCAUUUCAUCCAGAUUUUUAAUGCCACCCUUGCCCAGAAUGACAUUUGUGUACAAUUUGUAAAGAAGAUCCGGUCCCGAAUCACAAUAUUCAAUGGAUUGGCCAAGGACCAAAUAGAUCUGCUUUGGACAAUUUUAAACUAUGAUGUUCAGGUUGUGAUUGUCUCAGGGGACUCAAAUGCAUUGCAAAGUGUUAUAUUAGCUCUCUACUUUUAUGAAGAAGAGAACGACAUGGCUUUUUGGAUGGUUUGGAUCCUGACCACCCAAUGGGAAUUUUCAGCUAUUGGCUAUCACUAUGAUUGGGUGAAAUUGAAAACCCUCCAUGGUGCUUUGUCUUUGACAGUCCAUACAAACCCAGUGCCAGGAUUCAAAGAUUAUCUCUGGGCUCUGAAUCCACACGAACCCCAUGGAGAUGUCUUUCUCCCCAGCUGGUGGGAAAUUGUAUUUGACUGUGGUGUUUUAAAGGCAGGUCUGGCCUCACCUGAUGGCCGAAGUGUUUGCACAGGGGAGGAGAACCUGGGCGCCCUCCCAAUAUCCCUCUUUGAUGAAAAGAUGACCAGUUUCAGCUACAGCAUCUACAAUGCUGCCUAUUCUGUGGCACACGCAUUACACGCUGCGUAUACAUGGGAAUCACAAUGGGCAUUGAAGAGAGGAAGAAAGAAGCCACACCUUCUUGUCUCUGUGAAGCCCUGGCAGAUCCACGCGUUCUUGAAAAACAAUAUCUUUAACAACACUGCUGGGGAUGAAGUCUCCUUUUCAGAAAGUGGAAUGAAAUAUGAAAGAUUUGACAUCCUAAACUGGAUCGUCUUUGCAAAUAUGACGAUCCUUCGACAGAAAGUUGGAUGGGUUAAUCCGGUGGCUCUUUCAGCUGAAGGUUUCAGCAUCGAUCCCGAUGCCAUUGUGUGGGCUAACCAGACAAAGCCUUUCUCCCGAUGUGUGGAACACUGCCUUCCAGGACAGGUCAGGAAAGUUGCAGAGGGGAGGCCCAUUUGCUGCUAUGAAUGUAUUUCUUGCCCAGAAGGGACCAUUUCUAAUCAAACAGAUGCAGCCCACUGUGACCCUUGCCCAGAAAACCAAUAUCCAAAUGGGGAGAAGAAUCACUGCAUUGUGAAGAAGGUGCACUUCCUUGCCUAUCAAGAUAACUUGGGAUACGCUUUAGUUUCUCUCACUCUUUUUCUCUUUGUGACCACAUCUACAGUCCUUGUGGUUUUCCUUAAACAUCACAAUACACCAAUCGUCAAGGCCAACAACCGUGAUCUCACCUACAUCCUCCUGUUCUCCCUCCUGCUCUGCUUCCUCUGCUCUUUCCUCUUCAUUGGUCAACCUGGGAACCUCACCUGUCUCUUCCGACAAAUUGCUUUUGCCAUUGUCUUUUCCCUUGCAGUUUCCUCUGUCUUGGCAAAAACUGUCAUGGUGGUUCUGGCUUUCAUGGCCACUAAACCAGGGAACAGGGCAAGGAAACUCUUAGGAAAACCUCUGACCAAUUCCAUUGUCUUAGCCUGUCCCCUGGUCCAAGCAAUUAUUUGCACUGUCUGGCUGACAAUUUCCCCUCCAUUUCCAAACUUGGACUUCCACUCCUUGGUAGGAGAGGCCAUCUUAGAGUGUCAUGAAGGCUCAACUUCAAUGUUUUACGUUGUCCUUGCCUAUCUGGGUUUCCUGGCCCUUAUCAGCUUCACGGUGGCCUUUCUGGCCAGAAAAUUGCCUGACAGUUUUAAUGAAGCCAAGUUCAUUACUUUUAGCAUGCUGGUCUUUUGUAGUGUUUGGAUCACAUUUCUCCCCACCUACCUGAGCACUAAAGGGAAGUCCAUGGUGGCUGUGGAGAUCUUCUCCAUCUUGGCUUCUGGGGCUGGUCUCUUGGCUUGUAUCUUUUUCCCCAAAUGCUACAUUAUCCUACUGAGGCCCCAUCUUAAUUGUAAGGAAAAUAUAAUGGGACACAAGAAUCUCUGA